CUCCCCUCUGAUCAUGUUGACAUAUUCACACGGCCCGGAGUACUAGUGAUGCUUUGCUGCAGCGUUACAGUUUCCGACACCUUCUUUUUAUAACUCGGCGCUGUCCCCCUCCACCCGAGCUGUCAGAACCCCGCCUAUGGAGCCUCACAAUUGGUCCGAAAGCGUCAAAGAGCCAAUCAAGGCGGCUCCAGCUCCCCUGUAACCCACAACACAUCCCUACGAUCGGGUGCACGCAGAGCACAGACUCACAGGGAAUUCUCAGAGCCGAGAGGCUCCUUCUCCCUCUCUCUCUCUCUUUCUCUUUUUCUCUCUUUCUCCCUUCCCCCCUUUUUCUUUUCCUUUCUCUUUCCCUCUCUCUUUCUCCCUUUCUCUUUUGCAGAGACAACAGUAUAAUUCUGCCAGAUUAUUUUUUUUUUUUAAGGCAGAGCGAAAGAGAAAGAGAGGGGGGAAAAUUUAAAAAAAAAAAAAAAGGAGGAGGGUGAAAGAAAGAAGAGAUCCUGAUGGGAAUCAGGGCACCCUGACCAGCUCCUGCUUGGAGAGGGGGAAAGGCGAGGCGGAAACGAGAUUUCCCUACAAGUUUUUGCUGCUGAAGGUUGCUCAGGAACCUUUCUCGGCCGGCGAGGGGGGAAACCACUCCGGGACUACUCCAGCAGUAGGAAGACCGAGGAGUGGAGUGGAUGAAUUUACCGAUGAGAGAUCCAGUAAUCCCUGGGACAAGCAUGGCUUAUCAUCCUUUUUUACCGCACCGGGCACCGGACUUUGCCAUGAGCGCUGUGCUGGGACAUCAGCCUCCCUUUUUCCCGGCUCUGGCUUUGCCUCCCAAUGGGGCAGCCGCCCUUUCCCUUCCCGGGGCUCUGGCUAAACCCAUCAUGGAUCAGUUAGUGGGGGCUGCAGAGACUGGUAUCCCCUUUUCUUCCCUGGGUCACCAGGCAGCAGCCCAUCUGAGGCCUUUAAAAACUCUGGAGCCAGAAGAAGAGGUGGAAGACGAUCCGAAAGUGCAUCUGGAAGCUAAAGAGCUUUGGGAGCAGUUCCAUAAAAGAGGCACGGAGAUGGUGAUUACCAAAUCGGGAAGGAGAAUGUUUCCUCCAUUUAAAGUGAGAUGCACUGGACUGGAUAAAAAGGCCAAGUACAUUUUAUUGAUGGAUAUUGUGGCGGCUGAUGAUUGUAGGUACAAAUUCCAUAAUUCCCGGUGGAUGGUAGCCGGCAAAGCUGACCCUGAAAUGCCAAAGAGAAUGUACAUCCACCCGGACAGCCCGGCCACCGGCGAACAAUGGAUGUCCAAAGUCGUCACCUUUCACAAGCUGAAGCUCACUAACAACAUCUCUGACAAGCACGGAUUUACCAUUUUAAACUCCAUGCACAAGUACCAGCCCCGGUUCCACAUCGUCCGAGCCAACGAUAUCCUCAAGCUUCCCUACAGCACGUUCAGGACCUACGUUUUCCCGGAGACUGAAUUCAUCGCAGUGACCGCAUACCAGAAUGAUAAGAUCACUCAAUUAAAAAUCGACAACAACCCCUUUGCCAAAGGUUUUCGGGACACCGGGAAUGGAAGGAGGGAAAAAAGGAAGCAGCUGACCCUGCAGUCCAUGCGGGUGUACGACGAGAGGCAGAAGAAGGAGAACCCCACCUCGGACGAGUCGUCCAACGAGCAGACGGCCUUCAAGUGCUUUGCCCAGUCCUCCUGUCCUGCCGUGCCCGCCGUUGGCACCUCCAGCCUCAAAGAUCUCUGCCCCAGCGAGGGAGACAGCGAUGCAGACAGCAAAGACGAUCCCUUGCUAGAAGGCAACGAGUCGGGCAAAAUCAGCACGACCACCGCCGGCACCCCAGCGCCGGCCAGCUCCGCUGCCACCGCGGGGGACGACCCCCGGGAGAAGGGGGGCAGCCCCUCCAAAAGCCACUUCUUCCCCGGGGACUCGGCGGGGAGUAGGAGCCGAGAGAGGACUGAGAAAGCCCCUCCGGACUCCAGGCACAGCCCGGCUGCGAUCUCUUCCAGCACCCGGGGGGGAAGCCUGAGCGGCGAGGAACUGAAAAGCCCCCUCAGGGAUGGCCCCAAAGUAGAUGAGAACAGGCUGCUGGGGAAAGAACCCUUCGCCCCCCUGACGGUCCAGACCGACAGCACGGCCCACCUGAGCCAGGGACACUUGCAGAACCUCGGCUUCCCCCCUGCCCUGGCCGGCCAGCAGUUCUUCAACCCGCUGGGGAACGGGCACCCGCUGCUGCUGCACCCCGGGCAGUUCGCCAUGGGGGGGGCUUUCUCCGGCAUGGCCGCGGGGAUGGGGCCCCUCCUCGCCACCGUCUCCGGGGCAUCCGCCGGGGUCUCGGGACUGGACAACACGGUCAUGGCCACGGCGGCGGCCCAGGGACUCUCGGGAGCAUCGGCGGCUGCUUUGCCUUUCCAUCUGCAGCAGCACGUCCUGGCUUCGCAGGGCCUGGCCAUGUCUCCCUUCGGAAGCCUCUUCCCCUACCCCUACACCUACAUGGCGGCGGCGGCCGCCGCCUCCAGCGCCGCCUCCAGCUCGGUGCACCGGCACCCCUUCCUGAGCGCCGUGCGGCCGCGGCUCCGCUACAGCCCCUACCCGCUGCCCGUGCCCCUCUCCGACGGCAGCAGCCUCCUCACCACCGCCCUGCCCGGCCUGGCCGCCGGCUCCGGCGAGGGCAAGGCGGGGGGGCUGAGCGCCAGCCCCGGCUCCGUGCCCCUGGACUCCGCCUCGGACCUCACCAGCCGCUCCUCCACCCUCUCCUCCGGCUCCGUCUCCCUCUCCCCCAAACUGGGCGCAGACAAGGAGGCGGCCACCAGCGAACUGCAAAACAUCCAGCGCCUCGUCAGUGGGCUCGACCCCAAGCAGGACAGAUCCCGCAGCGGCUCCCCGUAACCCCCCGGGCCUCCGGGAGCUCAUUUCAAAUCAGUCUCGCAGUGCACUUUGUUUGAAAGAAACCACAUCCUCCACCCCGCGAGUGUUCCUUUACCCUCUCCUUAUUUUGGGUUUUUUCCUCUUUUUUUUUUUUUUUUUUUAAUAUAAAAUCCCGCGGUUUAUCAACAAAAAGGUAUCUGGUGGAGCAACGGGAAGAGAGGGGUCGGGGAUGGGGGAGCAGAGCCGAGCUGGGAGUGCUGGGUCGGAGCAGCCUGGCCGGGCCGAGGCACCGGUGGGGUUUGUGGCAUCCUCCUUUCUUUUUUUUUUUUUUUUUUUUUUAAAAUAGAGUAAAAAAAAAAACCAAAACACCCAGGAAAAAAAAAAAAAGAAAGAGAAAAAAAAAAGCUAAAAGAAAAAAUGAAACAAAAAAAUCAAACAGACUUAUGAAUAAAAAUUAAGUAAGAGAAGUGAUUUUUUUUUUCUUUCCGAAAGAAAAGUGUGUAAGUAACUCGCAUAUUGGUUCUUCAACAGUUGUUUCUUGGGCGGGUUGUUAACGACAACCCCCUUAGUCGAUAUUAAGGGAAGCUGUGUGUUUAAAAUAUUAUUGUGAUGUCCGAGAGCCAGUCGGUGGCUUUUUUUUUUUUUUUGCAUGUUCCAUAGUAGUCUGCUUUUUUUUUUUUUUUGGGGGGGGGUGGGUAUUUUUUUAUUCCGGUGGGGUUUUGUUGUUUAUUUUCAAUGCUCGUUUGAAAUCCCAGGGAAAAAAAUUAUUAAUAAUAAAAACAAAAAUAAGACUUUCGCCCCUCUACCUUAAACAUCCCUGUAGCAACGAAAAUAAGAAGUGUAGUUGGAAAGAAAAAAAAAAAGUGAAUCUAUUUUAUCUAAAAACCUCUGUAGCUUGACUGUAGGUUUAUCACAGCUUUCCCUCUUUAAUUGUAUAUGCAAUAACAAGGUUUAAACAUACUGAGAAGAAGAAAAGAGCGGACACUAUUAUUAAAACAAAGUAUUUAUGUAAUUAUUUGAUAACUCCUGUAAAUACGUGGAAUAUGAAUACUCGAAAUUAAACUUUAAUUUAUUGACAUUGUACAUAUCUCUGUAAAUACGACUGCAGCUGUCUUCUUUUUUUUUUUCCUUCUGUUUUCAUUUUUAGUCGUUUUCAUUUCAAGUUUGUAAUUCCUUUAAACAUACACCCCGACCCAGAGGAGAAAUUCCCCCAUUUCUGAGGGCUCCCUUUUUUUAAAGCGGAGCUCAGCCCAGAAAAACCUGACCUCGUCCUUUUGUAAAGGAGCCGAAUGCAAAAAAAAGCAAAGCAGAAAGAAACCAAAUUAAUCAAAGACCUUAAAAGAAUUCAAAGAGAGAAAAAGAGAAAGCAACGUGCCAUGGUAACUUUUAAUCCUCAGUUUCUUCGGUGUUCAAAGCACUGCUUGCCGUAUAAAAUGUCAACAACAAAAUAAUAAUAUACAUUAAAACACGACAACAGGCUUCUCCAGUGGCUUGAGAGAAAAAAAAAGGUGAAGAUUCUAGGAUUUUCUUUACUUUGUUAUUAUUUUUCCCUCUUUCCUCGGUAUGUCAAAACAACCCCGCGAUGGAGUUUUACUACUGUGCUUAUUGUUGUCUUUGUUUGAGUGAGUGCAUAUUUUCUUGGGUUGAAAGUCAGGUGCUCGGAGCUGGUUCAAAG